GAUCUAUUGUUUUGAUUUUCAUCUUCAUUACACAUUCCGCUUUGGCAUCAUUUUCUCUUCGUAUCGUUUUCGAUUUAUUUCUUUUAAGAGGGAGAACAGACAAAAUUGCCUGGAAUAAACAAACGAGACAGGACGCUAUAAAAAUGUCUACUCCCAGAAAAAAUAAAAAUUAUAAUUGCUACACAUCGCCCUAUUCAAAGCCCAUUCAACAGUAUGCAUCCCAAAACGACGAAUACAUAUCAUUGGAAAUGGGAGGGCGAUGUCAAGAAGGUAGAGAUGUCACAAACAGUGGAAUUUAUGGAAAGAAACCUAACCAACGACGAGCGAAUUACUCAAGUGGGCACUACCAGAACAACAAUUUAAAGAGUGGGAGUGGGCAAAAGUCGUGGUUCACCCCAAGAAAAAAUGCAGAAAUUGGUAACUCCCAGAGCCACACUUCGUCCAUUUCUUUAUACCUACAUCCAUCAAUGACGGAAGACCCUUGGUCAGAUUUAUUGGCACGUCUAGAAUGUCUUAAUAAAAGUGAAAUUACCUUAAAAUCUCAGACGAAAGUGGAGGAGACAGUUGAUGAAGGAGAUAAAGAUGAGCUGAUUGUUCAAUAGCAAUAAAUAUGGGGUGGAACAAUAUCUUAGGAUGUAUAUCCUAACAAGACCCUUAUAUUAAGUUACAUAUUUUUAGAAAUACAACUAGAUAUUAUGAAUAUAAGCACAUUAUUGUGUUAACUAUAUAAAAAUUCUAUUUUUAGUAAUUUGAACAAGAGCAACACAUGAAAAAUAUUGUCACCAAUGAAUGAAAAAGAAAAAAAAUAGAAAAUUGCCUUAUUAUAUUUUGCAGGUUCAGUAAGGCCGAUGGCCUAUUCUAUCUAAUUUAAAAGAUUUGCAGUUCUUCGCAUAUGGAAGUAGUGGAAAGUAGUAGGCAAUAAAAAAAGAUGAUCAUAGAUGUACUCUGGGCCAGUUUACGCCUUUUGGAAAUACAAUCAAAUGAAACUGCAACACAUGAAAAAUAUUGUAAACUUUUCAUUUAAUCAUCAAUGAAUGAAACAGAAGAAAUAUAUAAAAUUGCAUUGCUAUGUUCCACAGCUUUAGAACGGUCGAUGCUCUAUUUUAUCUAAUUACAAAGAGUUCCAGUUCUUCACAUAUGGAAGUAGUGGAAACAGUUGGCAAUAAAAAUAAAGAUGAUCAUAGAAGUACUCUGGGCAAGUUUACGCCUUUUAAAAAUACAAUCCAAUGUUAUAAAUGGGAGUCUAUCAUUUUGUUGACACAAAAUUCUAUAUUAAACAAUUUGAAUAAAUGCAACAUCACAACUUAUGUAUGAAAUGACGAAUUAUUAAAUGA